GCUCGUUACACUGUCAGCGGAUACCACAGUUUAAAUACACAGCGACCUUCAGGCUUCAAGUAGGAGAUAUUUCUGCUUAUACCUUCCGAUGACUGAUAGUGCAUCUGCUAAUCCGUUUGAUCGGAGUCACUUCGCUAGCGAAGGAUACGCCGUGGCCGGCCAAUUCUUGAGUGCAGCACAAAUCGCCGAUUUUCGAGAGGUGAGCAAGAAAUGUGCGCCGAAUCUGGACUUGAAAGCACAGUACCACCAACCGGACGACGUGCACAGAUACGAAUACAUGUUAUUUAACAGCGGGUUCGCGGAAACGUUUAAACCAUUGAUUGACCAUCUGUUAGUGGGACCACUCCCACAGCUGCAGAAGCUGUUUGGACGUCGCAUUAAGAAUACAGUCGCAAAGGGACUGCGCGCAGGGGAUGCAUUCUGCAUAGUCAGCGAGCAAGGCUCCAAAGAUCAGGUUUGGCACACUGACAGCGUUCCCGUGCCCGGGCACUUUGAAGUGGCAGACUGGUGUAGUAGUCUGCACUAUGUGGGGUUUCUUGUACCGCUUGUCCAUACCACGCAUAAGGUACACUCUCACACCCACCACCCGUCCUCGCAGGUGGGAAGGACCGAGAUCCAGCCGCGCAGUCACCUCGGGCCACAGCACACUCUGCCAGCCGUAGCACUGAGCAUGGAGAUGGGGGAUGUGUUAGUACUGGACGGACGCACGCACCAUCGUGGACUAGGCAACACGAGUGCAGAGACAGACGUAGCCACACUCACGGCAAAGGAAGCGGACCAGCGCGCACGGAGGAUAUGUUUCUUUACGUUUAAGCUGCCGUCUUUGAUCGACGCGAACGCGGCGUCCUAUUCUGUCGACCUAACAACAGCAAAUACUGAAGCCAUACACAAGCGAUCGAAACAGGUACAGAAGCACAAAGACAAGAACGGCAAGCGCACUCAUAAGAAACCAUCUAUGCCAGUCCAACUCACGGGUUUAACGAAGACGCAUAAGGCGAUAGUAGUCAAGAAGCCGAAGAAAAAGGGCUGGGCGGUAAAUAAAGUAGAAUAAAUUAUCAGUCAUA